AUGGCUUUUCAGCACAGACUUUUAUUUUACAGGAGAAGCGAUGCACCGUCUCCUGUUCCAACAUCGAGUGCAUUAAUCGAGAUUAUACCCGCCCACACUUUUCCUUCGGCAAAGCUCUACGCAGGACACGUAAGGACCCCAGUUUACACGCUCAGCAUUCCAGUCGAGCAUGUCCAUUUAGAGACAAGUGCCCGCGAGGAUGAAACAAGCCGGUCUUGCUCUAACCCUGGGAGUGCCGGACUAAAGGUUAGCCUGGUUGCUUGCUUACUUUCCACUCGUGGUAAGGCGUGUGUCGGGCACGCAGUACACCCUUCUGAAACUGUGUCUGGUGCUUGGCAUCUGGCGUGCUCGUAUAUCAACCCUUCCUCACGUCCCGGUGAAUUCUGGAUGAAGAAUGCUGCGGUCGCGAUUGGCUUUUCGGUCGGUGUCAUGACGGCGUUGCAAACACGAGAUCCUAGCCAGAGUCGGCACAUGAUACCGGGGGCGAUGCAAAUGAAGAACGCGAAUAGUGUAGCCUGCUGGUUGGGGAAAGAGACAGCGGAAGUGGCUUCUCCCCUCUCCAUGUACUCAUACUUGCCGGUAAACCUCCGUGACUGGGAUCCAGGUAUCCCUCCCCCCUCCAUAGAUAGUACUAGACCUGCCCCGCGAGUAGUUACUAGAUAUCGGCUAGCACCAAUCCGGGUAGUCGGCGUUGACCGCAACUUCCUUCAGAGACGAUCACUAGCGUCUGAAGAACCACGAUCCUAUUCCUUCGAGAUUCACUUGAUCUACUUUGGACUGCGGAGAAAGGACGAGGAUAUACUGGUUCUCUUCAGUGAUGCCACGAUUCUAGUCCCAUCUGAAGAACAAUUCUAG